UAUCCCUUGAAGUUUCUGGCGAUCGAAAAGAAGAUCCUCGAAAACUUUGAUGACGAUGAGGUUGAAGUGGUAUGUAGUUGCAGUGAUAAAAUAUAUUUUUUAUCUUGACGAAAGAUUUUUACCCUGAAACUCACAAAACAGUGAUCAUCAGAAAUAUUUAUGGAAUGUUACUGUGUAGAGAGGAAAUAGCCAAUAAGGCGUGAGAAAACUAAACCACUAACAGCGAAGGUGAUUAAUUGGUUUGUUGUUUGGAGGUUUUCUUGCAUGUCAUAAACUUUAUUGUGAUUGAUCACUACACAAUCAAUAUUCCUGGAAUUUUUCUGUUGUUUAGUGCAACUACUAUAACUAGGUCAACCCAGACAUAAUUGACCACUUAUAAGAUUACAGAAAACAAACAAUACGUUCAGAGAAAGUCAUUUGAGCCAAUACAGUUUCAAGGGUUGCCAUUAGUGAUGAGGUAAACAUAGGCCUAUUUUAUAAUGUGCUUGAACUAUUUUGAAUGCUCAUGGGUAACUUUACUAAGAGUGUGCCCUUUCCACCCUAAAUUUAGACUGGUUUAUUGUUUGAAAUUGGGUGUUACUGAACAUCAAGAUGCUGAGAGUAGGAUAACAGUGGCUCUAAAUGCAAAAGUUGUGCACCAAUGAGUGUAUCGUAUAUUGCUCUUGAUUCAGUUUUCUUUGUUUAGCCUUCAGACAUUCAGAUUAACCCAAAUUGUUAUAUUAAAAUGAACAUCAACUCACCAAACAUUGCUCCGAAGGGAGGACCAGCGUGCAAAGAAAGUCGUUAAAACUAAUCGUGUCGCCGUCUUUUCGAAAACUCUUUACCUUCUACGCCAACAGAAAUAACCUCCGAGAUUUCCUUUAAUCUCGCAAGAAGUUUAAUGUGAUUGUGCUGACCGUUUUAUUUUUAGUUGAAAAAAUUAAAAGAUAAAAGCUAUUUUUCAAGACAGUGAGUCUGUAUAUGGAACAAGUUUAACUUGUGCAUUUUUCCCUUAGAGUUGACACCUUUUUUUUUAUUUUUGGGAGUUUCAAAAGAUGUCUGUUUUAGUUUAAUGAACUUCAUUUAAUUCUGAUUUAUUAAUUUUUUCAGGAAGGGUAUGGAACACCAGAAACUACUGGCUGGUUGGAAGUGUCAGUAAAUGGGAAACUCAUUCAUUCAAAAAAGGUUGGUGUCGUGUGGAAUCUCUUCCCCCGCUGGCUGACUAGUUAUCACACUUUGUCCUUAGAAUUCAGAGCCAUUUUGUUUCUGCUUACUUAAACCACAGUUUUACAGUAUGAUAUAGUUGAUUUCUGAUAACUUGAAGCUUGCAUUGAAUUGAAGCAGAAUUGAUUUCUCCUUGUUUUUCUUUCUAGAUUUACAGUAAUUUUGCCAUCAGUAACUCAAAACCUUGCUUACUUUAAGUUAUAGUACACCUUUUGCUGUUCAUUACGAGAAAAUACCCAAUCAUUUGCGUGAAACGGCGACCAAUAGUGCGAAGAUACAUUCAUUAGCACGAAAAUACAAACAUUUGCACAUAAAUCAGAUUCAAUUUAUUACGAUUUUUGCAUUUUAAUCAACAUUCAGUAACACUUUUGGGCAUUCAUAUGCAUCAUUGAGCAUACAAAAGAGAAAAAUAUACUUUCAUUAACGCCAACAUCAAAGUCAUUAACACCAUCUUGAAAGUCAAUAGGGACAACUGACAUACAUUAAAGUGCAAACACUACUCAUUAACAUUUUUAUGACACUGUUUGCAAUUCAACAGCAUUCCUGGACAACCUUAGGAUGGAUAAGACAAACAUUAAUGCGUUUGUACAAUCAAUAGUCAAUUUAGCACAUUUCUUGAAUAGCUUUUAAUCACAGUACAUACAGUAAAGACCCUGCUACUUUAUGUUUGCCCAUAUUUGGUCCUAUCUGAGUCUCAAAUGCCCUUUACUUAACCUUUAACCUUUUGUUCAAACUGCAUUUUAUAAGGAAUUUAUUGUUGGGAAUCAGUAGAGAUUUAGUAUUAUUAUAUAAACACCAAUGAAAUACCAGGUGAGCUUUCGCACGACAACUUCAUAUCUUCACAUGUGAAAAUAACAUGUUAUCUUCACAUGUGAAAAUAUCACCGUUGCUAUGGCUACAUAAUAAAUCGCGCCUUUCACACCAAAAAACUAUUAAAGUGAAAUGGUUUGGUAGUUCAUUGGUGUUUAUAUAAUAAAUAAAACAUUACAUGGCUGCUUGGAGAUACAAAAUUUCUCUUCUUGUGUUGAAAAAAUAUUUGACUCAUUCGCUGCGCUCACUCGUGAAAUAUUUUUCAACACUCGAAGAGAAAUUUCGUAUCCCUGCGCGGCCAUGUAAUAUCCUCUACAUCAGUCAUCAAAAAUAAUUGGAUUGACCAAACUGAUCGGUCAUCAAUAGAGGCAAGGCCCAAAGGGCCUUGCCAAUUCUUUGCGUGGGUGUCAACAGGGCUCGCACAGUCUUGAAAGGUCCUUGAAUUUUAGGGGAAGUCCUUGAAUUCCAUUUUUCCUUGAAAAGUCCUUAAAUUUCUGUGAAAGUCCUUGAAAAGUCCUUGAAUUUUCUUCAACUUUGAAUGUCGUGGCCUGGAAAGAACUAUUUGAUGCCAGAAUAUAAAUCAUCGCUAAGAGAAUUUCAAGGUUAUUUACAUAAAGUGCUCUAUGUUUUAUGCAAUAAGUAACUCUCAAUGAAAACUGUAGACAAGUUGGUAAGGAAACAGUUCAAACCUUUAAGUCUUAUUAGAAUAGACUGGAAAUGUGCAUUUUUGUACAAUCUUUGAAAUUAUAUUCCUAGUAGGUGGUCCUUGAAAAGUCUUUGAAAAAUGGUUGCAAUUUUUUGUAUGAACCCUGUGUCAAACCCAGUUGCCCUCCUGUUCAAAACCCUUUAUGAAACCUGUGCAAUAGUUUUCACAUUACUAGCUCCAAGAUGCUUUCUUUUACAUUACAAUAAAAUUCUGUCUGUUUUUAUUCUCAGAAUGGUGAUGGCUAUGUGGAUAGUGACAAAAAAAUGAAGAAAAUCAUAAAAGCAAUUGAAGAUGCUGUUAAAAGCCAGGGAUGA